GUUAGCUGUUAGUUUUACAUUAGUUAUAAAUUUUGUAACCUAGAGGAGCUUAUAAUGUUUCCUGUACAAGUUUCUGUGAAAGGAAUUGAUUAAUACAAUGUAAUUUGGAAGACAUGUAUUAGGGAUUGUUGGUUGCUGUUCUUCUUUUUCUAUGUUAAAUGGAAGGUUAGAGAAAUAAUUUCGUUCAAUCUUGGAGUAGAUUUUUUUUAUAACCAUUGAAAUUGGGGUGUCACCAGUAAUUGCAUGGCAGUCUGAGAUUUUGGAUGUUUGGGGCUUUAUAUGUUGUUGAUGGAUUAUAUUAUCAAGGAAGAACAUAUUGGAAAGGAUUACAAAUAUGUAUGGUCUGAAAAAAUUGACACCAGUGAUGCAUAUGAAUUCUAUUGUCAAAUAAUGGAUAUUCAAGAUGACUUACCAUUGGGCGGAUUUCUUGUUUUCGUGCACAUAUUGUAUUUGUUUUCAUACACGUACAUCAUAUGUUGGGGAUUUCUAAUUCACAAUUUUUGAGUUUCAGUGGCAGGAAAUUCUGCUGGGAUAAGAAUACAUGCAGUAUUUGUAUCUAAAGCUUCGGGUGAAAUACUAAAGAAAUAUGCUGGGUGGCCUAAUGUGGAAAUAUGGUUAAUUCCAACUUUUGAAAACUCGGCAUGGUCUAUCAUGGCAAUUUCAUUUAUCUCCCUACUCGCAAUGUCUGCAGUGCUGGCCACUUGUUUCUUUGUCCGCAGACAUCGCAUAAGAAGAGAAAGGCCUCGGGGUUCUCUUGUCCGUGAAUUUCAUGGUAUGAGUAGCCGCCUAGUGAAAGCAAUGCCAAGUUUGAUAUUUACUGCUGUUUUGGAAGACAACUGUACAUCAAGGACAUGUGCUAUAUGCCUUGAAGACUAUUGUGUUGGCGAGAAGAUCAGGAUUCUUCCGUGCUGUCACAAGUUUCAUGCUGCAUGUGUGGAUUCUUGGCUUACUUCAUGGAGAACCUUUUGUCCAGUUUGCAAGCGUGAUGCAAGAACUGGCUUAACUGAUCCACCUCCUUCAGAAUCCACACCCUUGCUCUCAUCAAGCCCAGCAUCUAUGGCAUCCUCUGUCUUAUCUUCUGUGAGAUCAUCACUAGCUUCAUCUUCAGCAAUACAAAUUGCCCGGACAGCUUCACAGACCACAUCUGUUUCCCGUAACCACUCUAUUGCCAGUACACCUUAUGUUCAUCCAUCAACAUCACUUAGGUCAUCCUACCAUCAAUCCCCCUCCCUAAGCAUGAGCCGAAGCUCAGUAGAUCUUAGGAAUGCAUCCCAAAGAUCUCUAGCUUCUCACUUGAAUUCACCACAUUCCAUGGGAUAUCCUUCUAUGCCAUCCCUUAACUCAAGGUACAUGUCCCCGUAUAUUCCAAGUCCAAGCAAUGCUUCAGUGAGUUAUUUGGGUUCAUCCAGUCAUCAACAACAUCCUCUCCGUUAUAGUGAGUCGGCUGCAAGCUUCUCACCAUUUGCAUCGACACACUCCCUUCCGGAAUGUUAAAUUGUUCAAUUUCAUUAUAUCAUAUGAUUGAGGUGUCCAUGCACUUGAACCAGUAAUUGCCGAGUCUUGAACUAAAAGGUGCCAUUGAUGACUGAUGCUCUAGUGGACUACUCCUAUGCGACACUACGGCAUUCUUAACCUGUCUCCUUUGGCAUUUGACUUCCUCAUUGGCACCUGGUGUACAUUGUAGCUUCUCUUGUGAUGUUCAGUUUCAUUUACAUGUUCUGGUUGAGGUUCUUACGUUUUUAGGCUGGUGAGUUUGCGUACAGUCAAUCGUGUGUAUUGUUUUUGCUUUGAAUUUGAUGUUUUCAUGGCUGCUUUGAUUUCAAAGUACAGUCAACUACUAACAAGAAAAUGUUGGGCUGUAGAUUGAAGUCAUAGAGUUCUUUAUGUUGUUUUAUGGAUUUGUCCAACUGAAUGAUGAGAGAUCAUGUGAUACUCUGUUGUUACCUGUACUUGAUUAUCUAAUUGCAACAAUAUUAUCAA